AUGGCGACGGUGCGGCUGAAGCGGCGCGCGAGGUUGGCGGAUAAGUUGAGGGACGUGUUCGAGCUGCCCGGGAUCAACGAGGUCGUGGCGGAGCUGCCGUGCUGGCUGUUCAGCCGGUCGGUGCUGCUGCAGGGGUUCAUGUACCUCACGAACGCCUACCUGUGCUUCUUUGCGCACCUGCCGGCCAAGGAGGAUCAAGUACUCAAGUCGGGCUCGCUCUACAAGAAGGCGCAGCGCACGAAGCGCUGGAUCAAGCACUGGUUCGUGCUCAAGAACGACGUGCUGUCGUGGUACCAGUCCGCCGCGGACCCGUACUUCCCGCACGGCGUCGCCGACCUCCGCUACGCGCUUUCCUGCGAGCCGCACGGGGAGAAGGAGCUCCGCAUCCGCACGAACGCGAAGACGAUCCACCUGUCCGCGGACUCGGCGCGGCAGCGGGACGACUGGGCCAAGGCCGUCCGGCGCGCGAUGUUCAAGAGCCAGCACGAGGGCGCGCACGUCAAGGUCGCGGUGCCGUACGGGCUCAUCGUCGACGUCGACAAGAGCCGCGCGAUGGACUGGACGGAGACGGUCGAGGUGAAGGUCCUCGAGGGCGGCGUCGCGAUGGACAGCUACUUCUUCGCGUACUUCAAGGAUAUCGACGGCGCGCUCGAGCAGAUGCGCGACGUCGUGCGCACGUACCGCCCCGCGGUCGAGGGCGGCAGCGGCAGCGGCACGGCGCAGAUCAUGGACACGACGGUGCCGCGCGCGCCCGCGUCGUCGCCGCAGGACGCGCCGCCGCGGCCGUCCCUGGACCGCGCGGGGGAGCUCUCCCCGUCCGCGUCUACCUCGUCUUCGCGCAUGUCGGCGGCGUUCCGGCUGUCGUCGCUGUGGAAGCCGAUCUCGGACUCGCUCCCGCUCGUGCGCUCCCCCGUCUCGGCCGGCGCGAGCCUCGAGCCGCAGGCGGGCGAGCGCCCGGACGAGUUCAUGCACAUCAAGAAGGGCAGCUCCUUCGUCCCGCGCACGGCCGCGCCGCGCUCGAUGACGACGGACCCCGGCGUGCACGCGCGCGCGCACGCGCACGCGGUGCCGGGGAUGAUGGGCGAGCGGAGCGUGUCCGAGGGCGCUGCGGGCCUGGCGCGCAGCGAGCACACGUAUCCGCCCGGCACGCUGGCCGUCGAGGCCGAGCCGGCGCCGAGCCCGACGUGGAGCGUCGGCGUGCCGUCGUGGCUGAGGGUCCCCGGACGGCGCGCGCCGACGUCGCCCGCGAGCGCGGCUGUGGUCGCCGGGUCGGUCGCGGGCGUGAAGGAGGUGUACGCGACGAGCGGGGGGAGGCACCGGUCGACGGGCAGCGCGGGGAGCGGGGCGGAGCUCGGGUACAGCGUUCUCGAUCCCGGGGCGGGCGUGGACCCGGAGAUGCGCGACAAGUUUAGGACGUAUUUCGCGUUCGACGAGAAGGAGACGUUGUUGGGCUAUUUUCCCGGGUACAUCUACCGCGUGUUACCGGUCUACGGGCGACUGUACGUGCGAGUGAAAACCACGCCGGCUCGUUCGUUCGCCGUGCUCACGCGUUAUCAGAUGAUCCUACCCAUUCGCGACAUCCUGAGCACGGAGCCCUCGAAGGCGUUCCAUUUCGGUCGCUACGGGCUAGUCAUGAACCUCAAGGGGUACGAGGAGCUCUUCUUCGAGUUCGGUGUCGAGGACCGACGGUCGGCGUUCGUGCGCCUGCUCGAGAGGCAGAUGGAAGACGUCCGGUCGCGCGCACAGCUGGCAGGAGCGGCCGGUCAACAAGACACGCGGGACGCGCUCAUCUUCGAGGAGUACGACUCGCGGCAGUCGUCGUCGAUCAGCAGCGGCUCGGACAUGCGCGGCUCGACCGACGCGGCGGUGACGGAGUCGCUCCCGGCGCAUAUGUUCACGUCGGCGUCGUCCACGUUCUUGACGUUCAAGCCCAAGGAAUCGCUUCAUUUCACGUUCUUGACGAUCGGGUCGAGGGGAGACGUGCAGCCGUAUAUCGCGCUCGCGAAGGGCCUGAUGGCGGAUGGCCAUCGGGUGCGGAUUGCUACGCACGGGGAAUUCAAGGAGUGGAUCGAAUCGCACGGCAUCGAGUUUGGAUAUGUGGGCGGAGACCCGGCGGAACUCAUGCGUAUAUGCGUCGAGAACGGGACGUUCACCGUGUCUUUCUUGAAAGAAGGACUCUUGAAGUUCCGUGGUUGGUUGGAUGACCUGCUGAAGACCUCCUGGGAGGCGUGUCAAGGCACCGACGUUCUCAUAGAAAGCCCCAGCGCCAUGGCAGGCUUCCAUAUCGCCGAGGCGCUCAGGAUACCUUAUUUUCGUGCAUUCACCAUGACGUGGACUCGCACACGUGCCUAUCCGCACGCGUUCGCCGUGCCAGAACGCAAGAUGGGUGGAGGUUACAACUAUAUGACGUUUGUCAUGUUCGAUCAAGUCUUCUGGCGGGCCAUCUCUGGACAGAUCAACAGAUGGCGUAGGAAGACUCUCGGCCUUCCCAGCACCAGUCUUGACAAGAUGGAGCCUCACAAGGUGCCUUUCUUGUACAACUUCAGCCCCACCAUCGUUCCGCCUCCGUUAGACUGGCCCGAGUGGAUUCGAGUGACCGGCUACUGGUUCCUCGACUCAGCCGAAGUGAGCGCCCAGAAGUGGACGCCCCCCGCGGAGCUCGUACAGUUCAUAGACUCCGCCCACCAAGCCGGCAAGAAGGUGGUAUACAUCGGCUUCGGCAGUAUCGUCGUGUCAGACCCCAAGGGCAUGACGCGGUCUGUCAUCGAAGCCAUCGUUCGCAGCGGAGUAUAUGCAAUCCUUUCCAAAGGUUGGUCUGAUAGACUGAAUGCAAAGACCGGCGAAGCCUCCGAGCCAGAAGAGCCUCUGCCCAAGCAGAUCUAUCAGAUCAAUUCAAUCCCCCACGACUGGCUGUUCCAGCGGAUCGAUGCCGCCUGCCACCAUGGUGGCGCAGGGACUACUGGGGCGAGUCUGCGAGCCGGUAUCCCUACCAUCAUCAGGCCUUUCUUCGGCGAUCAGUUCUUCUGGGCUGACCGUGUCGAGGCUUUGGGCGUCGGCGCUGGCGUCAGGCAUCUGACAUCAGAAAGCCUCGCGCAAGCUCUGAUAGCCGCCACUACUGAUGAGAAACAGAUCCAACGUGCCAAGGUUGUGGGCGAACGCAUCCGCGCGGAGAACGGCGUUGGCACGGCCAUCGAAGCCAUAUAUCGUGAUCUUGAAUAUGCUCGUUCCUUGAUCAAGCGUCGUGCCGACGAGGACGUUGGCUCUGACGCGGAGAACGCUACCAUCCGUGAAUCCCUCGAAGCGUUACCCGACCCGCAAAGUCCCGAAUCUGUGGCCAGCUCCUACGGUUCUGGCCCUCGAGCAUCUAGUGACUGGAGCGUCAUCUCUGGCGACGACGGCACGCCCUCAUCGCUGACCUCCCGGCGAUCCAGCUACGGGGGUGACGGCAGGCUCGACCGUCCGCAGCUGCCAAAGCGAAACAGCCUCGCCGCCGCUGUUCUGUCUGUGUUGCCGUCUCCCGCUGCGAUACGCCCCCGGACCCCCCGCUCAACAUCGUCUCCGUCCCCUUCUCGCUAA